AUGGCACGCUUGCUCCGUUCCCUCAGAAAAACCCUAACCCUAAUCCCCCAAUUUCACAUUUCCCGAAGAAGUUACAUCUCCGAAAUGCGCAAAGAAGCUUUUGAAGGAAACAUUUCCAGACUCCUUCGUAACGAAAUUCAAUACGAGAUUCAAUCCUCUUCUUCUUCCAAACCCCCUGCCAACAAGUUUGGUUCCUUUUUGGUGGAUGGCCGACCCAGUGAGCGAUGGGUUACACUGAAUAGACAAUUUGCCGAUGAAAACAUUAAAGUUGAAGUCACUAUGUUUGAUGGAGCUGCUCCUGCUCCAAAAGUAAGUGGUGGUGUGGCUAAUGCAGAUGAAGUGCAGCUACAUAUUACCUUAAUUGUCAAUAUCUCUAAGGGAGAUCGCGGAGUUCUGGAAAUCAUGUGCUCUGCUUGGCCAGACAGUAUAGAGAUAAAAAGGCUGUUUGUACGUGCCGACAAAAAUACGCCGGCUGAGCCCUAUGCUGGUCCCGACUUUGAGGAAUUGGAUGAUGAGUUGCAGGAUGGUCUUUAUGAUUUCUUGGAUGCAAGGGGUAUAGAUAAUAAACUAGCCACUUACUUGCAUCAGUACAUGAAACACAAGGAUAAAACAGAGCUAAUAGGAUGGAUGGAGAAGGUUAAAUCUUUUAUUGAAAGGAAAUAA